AUGGCCAAGAAAACAGCAAUGCUGAAGAUACAGUUGAUAAUCUCAUCCCUGGUGGUUGCAGUGAGUACUGCUAUGACCGUUUGGUCAGUAGUCACGCAUAAUCCGAAUCAUCGCGGCGUGGGCACGUAUUUUUCUGGUAACUGCUCUAGAGCGAGCAUGCUAAAUAGUGUUAUUCAUGCUAUAAUGAAUAUUCUUUCCAGUCUACUACUCAGCUCUGGAAACUAUUGUAUGCAGUUACUUGUCUCGCCUAGUCGAUAUGAAAUAGACAAGGCACAUUCGAGGGGAAUAUCGCUAAGGAUCGGCGUUCCCAACGUUACAAACCUGAGGCACAUUUCUCGUGGCAGAAUGGUUGGAUGGUUAUCUCUUGGCUUCACAGCAGCUCUUUUACAUUUCGUUUGGAACUCGGUCAUAUUCACGUCAUUACCUAUAGUAUCAAUUCCACGUGCCUUAGCCACAGCUGAUUUCCAAACGGCACCGGACAACUGGACCACCAGCGAUCCCCUACCACAACGUUGGUGGUGGAAUUUCCCAUCUGGUGACAGAUGGGGCACUGUGAAAUACGACCUAGCGCCUGUUUAUACCAUGAAGACCAAUGUGGCCAGUUUAACGCGGCUCGACCCGGUGGAAUGUGUCAACGAGUACUUGAAUCCGUUGAAAUCCACAAGAUCUGUUUUGGUUGUUGCUCAUAAUAUGACAGCCGAACACAAUAAUGGUUCAUCCCUCCUCGAUGGGUGGGUGAGUGGAUGGGACUACUGGGACGCUGGUAAUUACUGGCUAUGCUCCGCAUAUGACCCCGGAGAGUAUUCAAAAGUAUGCAGCUCAGAAUGGGCUGAUACGUUGGAUGACGGUUGGGUAGUGGGGAAGUCUGCUGGAUUUCCAAACAUUCUUGUUGAUCAUUGUUUGGUUGGCGAUGAGGGUAACAAUGAGGAAAGAUGCGGACUUCAUUAUAGUUUGCAUAUCAUGAUCAUCGUUUGCAUCUGCUCUUCGCUGCAAUGCCUGCUCGUUCUCUGGACAAAUAUAUACUUUCGCAGAUAUAGUCCAUCUGGGGAAAGUGGAAGGCGUCGACGUGUUUUAAUCACUAUUGGAGACGCGAUCACUGAUUUUCUAUACGAGCCCAGUACCGAAAUUAACGAAGAACGCGAAGGCCAAACUGGCUCCAACACCGCAAAAGGAGAUUUCUACCAACUUCGCCUAACGCAAUGGAACGAAUAUCAGAGUUACUGGUUCACAGCCGUCAGUAUUCGGACUUGGACUACAGCACUUAUUAUGUUUAGUAUUGGCCUAGCAGUGCCUUCCGGUCUCAUUGGAGAUUAUAUCAACAGGCUCAAAACUGAGGGUAUGAAUCUAUCAUUUUUCGAUAUAUGGGGGUUGGGAUUCGAAACCAAUCCAUCGAUGAUAGGCCACUCUUUCUGGAAAUCACAGGGAGAGGGGGGUGUAGACCUUAUCGGAAACGUCCUUGUUGCCAACUCUCCUCAGGUGAUAGUGAGCUUCAUAUACCUCUUCUACAAUUCUAUCUUGACAAGGCAGCUGGUAGCAGACGAGUGGACACGCUUUACCCGCCCCGAGGGAAAGAAACCUCUCCGCGUGACCUCGCCUGUCGGCAUGCAGAGGUCUUCAUACUUCCUUUCUUUGCCUCUGAAAUACUCUAUCUUGCUUAUGAUAGGUUCUAUUCUAUUGCAUUGGUUCAUAUCUCAGGGAAUAUUCGUUGUGCAGACUAGCUCGUUCGGUCCUGGAGCUAAUGGCGAACGACAUCCGGAAUUCGAUGUCUCUGCUAGAGGAUAUUCGGCAUUAGGAGUUCUCUUGGCUAUCAUCCUGGGAGCGGUAUUAGUGCUGGUUCUCGUGGUUAAUAGUUUUGCUAGAAAGUUCCAGAGUGUUCCAGCUGGCUUUCAGCUAAUGGGGAUGAAUAGUUCAGGUAUUAGUCUAAUGUGCCAGCGACCGGAAGAGGAUUUUGACGCCCAUCUUUUUCCUGUGAGGAUCGGUGUCGUGUCUGAGGGUGAGAAUAAUGAGGAAGAAGUAACACAUGUGAAAGAGAGUCGGAUAGUUUUUUCAACUGCUAUCGACCUUGAACAACCGAAGGAAGGAUCAUGGUAUUUACAACCCACUUUAAUAACAACAGGGAAACGGGCAAGACGCAGAUUUUUCAGGUGGCAGAAGAAGGUAUAA